CGACGUUUGAAUAAUCUUUUGCCGAUUAAUGAAAAUUAUUUGGCCGACAGUAACCUUAGCUGCCAUUGGUCAGAUAGCGAAGUUACCUCCCAGAUUAGCCAAUGAUAUUGCAGUUACAGAAAUAGAUCGAAGCGUGCGCCAUGACACUUCGCAGCUGGGUGGGGGUUCGAUUUGAGGGAGGCUGGAAAAUGUCUACUUCUGCAUUCUUUUUGAGAGGAAAGCUUUGAAUAUCCAAAUUCAUGGGAAAAUAUUCAAAACACAGGCAACUGAAGACUCUGAAGAGGCUACCAUCUGAUGCUGACCCCAGCCAGCAGAGGAAAGCAAUCCUCAAGGUGUUCCAGAAACACCAAGACACCUUAGCUCACUCUUCUACCUCUGACAGAAGAAAGGACUCAGACAGAAAGAGAAGAAGAGAAGCAAAAAAUCAUACGACUGGCAUUGCAGUAGACAUAGCAGAGACUAACAAGAUGGAUACGAGAGCUGUGCAAAAGACUCGCCACAGACGAACCAGAGGUAGGAGCAAGAGUGUUGACCACAGCCAAAGAAAGGUUGACCGCCAAGAAAAAGCAGAAUUCAAGAAGAAAACAAGAGCUCUAAAUGAUGCUACAGAACGAGCUAAGAUGGAGAGGUCUGCAUUAAAGGAUGUCAAUCAUGGUAACAAUGCUGCACUCAUCACACGGAGUAGGUUAACUCAGAAGAUAGGCAUCUUCAACAAAGGCAAGAGGUCUGAAGCCAUCCAUCGUCAAGGGAUUCACAUCUCUAAAGAGACUCAUGCCAAAGCUGAAGAAGACAUGAGAAAGAUUUUGGAUUUGUCAGAUGCAGAGCUAAGCAAGCCUGUUCGGUUGCAGGAUCUAGAGUACAGUCCUCCUGGACAGAACCUGCAUCAGAACAUAGUACAAAGCCCAGAUCUAUCUCUGGAACCUCUCUAUACUCCGGUAAUCAAACAAGUCAAAACAUCUACCCCAGCUUCUGUGAUAACAUCUUCAGCAAUGGAAAUUGAGCCUAUAACCCCAGCCAGCCCUCCAAAACCAUCCACCACACUGCCAGAAAAACCAUCCUUCUCUAAGAUUUCAACCAACCUUCUGGAAUCAUUGAAGCCUGAGAAGAUUUUCAUUGGGAGGAAGUACUUCAAUGAAGUCCAACAGGAACUCUGUCAACUGAUGAGAAAGCAGCAUAGCUUCUUGGUGCAGGCAGAAAAGGAAAAGAGAAAAACACCUGUUUCAGUUGAAGUGACAUCUAAACACCAAACAUUAGAAGAAAGGCCAGAGAUUUCUAGUAAUGAUAUUGCCAUAAAACCCCAUACACCUUAUGAGUCACAGGAUAAAGUAGCUCCUAUGGAAGUUGAUGCUAUGCAACCUGACAGUCAGGAAGCCCAUUACAUCAACCAUAGACAACAAGGGGACGAAUUCUACUUAGCAAACCAACAGGAGACACUACAGGUCUCUGUAGAGCCGGGACAGCCCUCCUCAGUACCUGCUAGUCCAGUCUUCUUCCCGUCCUGGCACACCUAUGCUGACCUCCAUCCCCAGGUCCCCCACCCACAGUUGUGUGUGGAGCCAGGCUAUGUGGAGCAGGGUUAUCGCAGUAUGGAUAUUAUAGACUACCUCGACUACCAGCUACCUCGUGGUAACACUUUAAUCAACUACCAACAGGGUAAUGGGGUUGUUGUGAGGCCACAUGGAGGUCUGUUACAUCACAGGUUUAGGUCAGAGUACAAAGGUCAAGGGGUAACAUCAGGGGGGUCUGACUCGCCAUCCUGGCGACCACCUCACCAUCAGUUGCCAUGGAAACCUGUAGAGGACAUGCCCAGCCCACGUCUCUAUCCUAUGAAGCUUUAUUAAGAUGAUGAUUACAGUUACUGUGGUCUUUAUAUCACAACACCAAGUGAUAUCUUUCUGAGAUAAGAGAAGGAAGAGCAUAACAUCAUCUACCUCAGUACAAGAGCUACUGUGAAGCUGAUAUGGAAUGUGGUACAUGUAUAUUGAACUUGUGCUUUCUGUUCCAUCUUGCCAAAUCCAUAAGGUUCAAAGUCUCUUUGUAUAUAUGUAAAAGUUGUUUGAGGAUGAUGAGUCUUAGGGUGAAAGAAAUGAGUCCAAGCAAUACCUGACUUAGGACCUUUUCACUUUUAUUUUGAUCAUCUAGGGUAAAUGUAUGCAAGAUCUGUGCACACAGUGACAUUUGAUGAUGUGCAAUACCUAUCUCAGCCUAUUUAUUGUCAAAAGAACCGACCAUCUUACAGACAUACACAGCUGCAAGUCGGAUUUGACUAGAGUUAUGGAUUUAUUUUCUGUUUUGGAGGUUGCAUGUGCAGAGGAAGAAGUCGGUCUGACACAUAGUACUAACUUACCAGUGUUUUAAUUGGCUAUUUAUGUUUGGCUCAACCUUUUUUCAAGAAUAUCUGUUACCUGCUGGGCAAGUAACAUUUUUGACAAGUGUAAUAUUAACUUAUUCAGUGCAGAAAAUACUGCUGUUAGACAAGUAUUCCCUGGG